AUGGCUGAUAAUGGAAGAGUCCAUCCGGAGUGUGUUAAUGCUGGCAAUCCAUAUCAUGAAUGUGGAGUAGCUUGCCUGGAGAAGAUUGCUCUGGGCGAAACUCGAAAGUCUAAGAGCAAGAAGUCAGACAGUCCAAGAAGUUUCAAACAAGUUCAGCAUAUCAGAAAGAAUGAUGGAGAAAGAAGAGUUGCAAAUCCAAAUUGUCCAAAAGCUGCCAAUCCUUUCCAUGAAUGUGGCAAAUAUUGUACUAAUAAACCUGAUGAUGCGAACCUUCACGACAAUGAUAAAGAUGCAGGGUCCUUCCUUCUUGGUGCUCCUGUGAGCAUGAUAAGGAAAAAGAAAGAAGCUUUAUCUCAGCCAAAUUCACCUCAUAGUGUCAACAAUAAUGUGUCUGCUGCAAAAGCAGCUAACGUUGCUGCCAUCGCUUCACCAAGAUCACCUUUCUCUAAACCCAACUCCAAUGCUAACUCUAACAAGAAGGUAGUCGAGUCGGACAAAAGCCGGUCCACCUCCUUAUCUCAAGAGGAAAUCGAUUCCCGUGAGCAGUCUUUCCACAAGACCCAAGCUCCAGCUUAUGAAUCAGUUCCUGCCUCUGGGGUCAUCACGCCUGAUGGUCCCUUGAGUCCAAAUAAGGGAAGUUUUACAUGCUUUGCGGAUCCAAAACCGACCAAGCAACAACAUGAAGAGAAGAAUGUCAAUACUUCUUCACCCAAGGCAGCUUCAUCUCCCAAGCAUGAUGAUGCCAAAAUUGAUGAACCCAUUAUGAAGACCAUGGAGUUCAGCUUCUCAGGCAUCUCGCAUGUGUCUCGUGACAGCGACGACGAUGAGGUUCAGUCUGUUAUUUCUGAUUCAUGUGUAUCAGUUGGCAAAUACCACGUCAGGGCAACCAUUGCUUCGAUCCUAUCUGCAAUCUUCAUCAAGUACGGAGACAUAGCUGGGAACUGUAAGCUGGAAUCUGUUUCAAUGCGCGCGUAUUAUCUGGAGUGCCUAUGCUCCGUGGUUCAGGAACUGCAGUCCCUUUCCGUUAGGCAGCUGACCAAGUCCAAAGUCAAAGAACUGUUAGCAGUGCUCAAGGACGUGGAAUCAGCAGGGAUUGACGUGCACUGGCUGCGCGAUAUCCUCAACGGACUCACUGAAGUAGUGGAGCUCAACAGUCGGCAUCAAGCCGCUGAAGCAGCCAAAGUCGAGUGCGAUCAUGCUGUAUACUCGACAAGGAAAGAACUCGAGUCCAUGAUGGAGGAUUUGGCUCUGAAAGAGCAGGCAGUUGUAGAGAUCAGAUCGAAGGUCGAGCAAACGAGGGCCAGGUUAACGGAAUUAGAGGCCGAAUCUUCCAAGUUAAGCGAAGCCGUUUCUUCCACUUGGUCCUUGGUGGAGAAGUUUCACUCGAAACCCCUGGCGGAUGACAUAUUGUGA